CGCCCGUCAAACGUCAGUCAAACGCCCGUCAAACGUCAAUCAAACGCCCAUCAAACGCCCGCCAAUCGCCCGCCAAUCGGCAAUCAAACGGCAAUCAAACGCCCGUCAAACGCCCGUCAAACGUCAGUCAAACGCCCGUCAAUCGGCAAUCAAACGGCAAUCAAACGCCCGUCAAUCGGCAAUCAAACGGCAAUCAAACGCCCGUCAAUCGGCAAUCAAACGGCACUCAAAAGCCCGUGCAUCAUCACUCCCAUUGCCUCCGUUCGCCACCCCCCG